AACACUAGCUGGUAAGUAAUUCUGAUUGUGCUAAAGGAGAAUACAUAUUUAUAUGAGUUUCACAAACCGAGACCAAGCAAGAAAUUUGUGUUUAGUUGGCACAUAUCGCAGAUGGAAAGCAUGAACAGUAGGGUGAAUCAUGGGAAAUAGACACCCCCUGGAUUGACCGUUUUGAUCUUCAUUGAUAUUCCUUUCGAAAGUUCGUCUGCAGAAGAGCUAAACAAAACAGAAGCUCCAAAAAGAUAUAUUUAUUGCUGCGGAACUUGACUUUGAAUUUACAUUUGGAUAUUUAUUUUGAGUGCAUUCCCGUAUUUAGGUUCAUUUAUUUGCAAUCAUGUACCAAAAAUUUAGAUUUGUAAAUGAGGCAAUGAUUUGUAAAUUCAGAGAAUUUGCUCUGCAUUUUUAUGAUUGAAUCCGAAAUUCCUGUUAUUUUACCUGAUAUCGCCAUAUAUUUUUUCGAGUGAUAAAUAUCAUUUUGUUGUAACUGCAUAAAUAAGAAGAAGAUGUUACUGAAGGAAAAUAUUCUUGAAUGAGAAGAAAUCGGAUUCUUUGUAAUAAUAUUUCCAGCAUCGCAAUAGAUGACUAAGCAGAAUCAUACUGUGCAUUGUUGAUAUAUCUAUAAAAUCAUGUGGAUUUUUAAACACUUCCAAAAAACCUUUGCAUUCAAUACCGCUUUGGCCUGAGAGGCACAUAUGCUUAGAAUAUACUAUCAUUAAAAUGGUAGAAAAGUUAAAAUAUGAACCUCUUUGAUUGAAGACAAUGCUUCAAAUGAAAUGGCUCGUUCUCAAGCAGAUGCUUUUGACGGAGAGAAGGUUUCUAGUGAAAGAAAAGAUGGAGAUUCCGAAGUUUCGGAUGAUAGAUCUAGCCCGGAGCAGGAACCGGACAUCAAACAGGAGUCUGUUACCGAUUUAUCUGCACACAUACCGAAAGAAAAAUCCCGGGCAGAUGAAAAUGUUCAAAAACGACAGUCCUAUCAACUUCACUCGGACCAACUUACAAAUUUGCCUAAUUUGGAAGAACAUCUUCAUUUGAAUGAAGUGCUGCAAGAAGAUAAAGAAUUGGAAAAUAAUCCUCAGUAUCACGAGGAGCAGCCACAUAUUCAUCAUCAUCAUACUUUCCAUUCGAACAGUAGCGCACAUGUUAUGAAACAUGGAGAACAUGUUUAUGACAAUUAUAGAAUAGUAGAGCACAACAACGAUCCUGGCGAUCCCAGCAUACCUUCCAUCGGUGGUCAUCAUAGCAACCAAAUUUCCAGUCCUCAUGCUGUUGAUACUUUCAUGGAACACCAACACAUGCAACGCCAUCUUCAUGAGACGCGUAAAGAUGAUGACGCUUUGUUGGAAUCACAGUGCACUCAAUGUACAGUAGAAGAAUCGCAUUUAAACCAUGUUCAUCACCAAUAUUCUGUUGCCGGUAAUGACACCAUGGAGCAUUUGAUUAAUAUGUCAAACCAUCGGUCAUCUAUACUUCAUCGAGAGCAGUCAAAUCAAGACGAACAUCACCAUCAUCGGGAUUGUGAAGAAGGUAAUGAACAGUCUCCUCAUAUCCUUCAAGUUGGUCAUCACUCCGUGCAAGAUGAUAAUAGAGUACAAGAAAAUCAUAUUCACAACCCGCAGCAUCAUAUAAUGGAAGAAAAUAGAAAUGAAUCCCGAAUGUCUCGCCACGGUACUUUACAGCGUUUAAGUGAAUGCAAUGAAAUAAAUGUAGACUCUCAUCUUUCCCGUUUGCACCAAUCUGCUAAUUCUUCAGUGCUUGAUGAAAAUGUUGAAUCACAUUCAUCUUUAUUACAGCACCGUCAACUAAUGCAGAGAGAGAGUGAACUAGAUAAUGAUCUUCAGCAGAUUGAUCAUAAUCAGAAUGAUACGCAACAGCAUCAACAUCAUAAUUCUUCCCUGUUGCACGAGAAAGACAUUACUGCGCACAUCAUACAGCAUGGAGGUGACAUUUCUACUAACCGUUUGAACUUGGAUCUUUCCUGCGCUCCUCACAAUUCCUCGUUUCCUCACAUAAGAAGUCCGGCCUCGCCUAGGGAAUUCGAUCGGCUGGGAUAUCAUUUAGGCACACCUUUACAUGCUGACUUUGGAAGGUCUCUUUCGGCUUUAAAUGAUUCUUCAGACCUGGCCGUAGACAGUUUGCCUUUAAGAAAUAUGCUUGUUCCCUCUACAAUAAACUAUCUCACAACUUCUUCAGGUAUUGUAGCAACACGGGAGCUUGGAAUAGAUGCAGGAAAUCUUCACGCAGUAAGUACUCCAUCUAUAACUUACCAUCACUUACCUGAUGCUACGGAAAGUCCGACAGCACCGUCAACCAGUAGCCCUUUGUACUUAACAGGUGUCAAUACUCCUACUGCUGCCUCAAAACUUUUAGGAAUAUCACCUUAUGCUCGAAGUCAUGAUAAUAAUAAUGUUAAUUCUCUCAUGUGGAGUCAAGUGAAUGAAGAUUUAGUUUCUAAGUCAUCACCUACUUUAUCCAUUCCGUCUUCCAGCAUGCUGUCUCGGCCUAAUAGCUCCGGCCAUGUCUCUUCGUAUGUUCCUGAUCUUAGCACGUGGAGUGGAUAUGACAAUGUACCUCAAAAUGUUUCACUGCAGUUAUCCAAUUCAUCUGGGGUAAAUGAUGGCGACCUCUUCGCUGGACUGGAGAGCCGAGAAUGCGUCAACUGCGGAGCCAUAUCCACUCCUUUGUGGAGGAGAGACGGAACUGGCCAUUACCUGUGCAACGCUUGUGGCCUCUACCAUCGCAUGAAUGGUAUGAACAGACCUGUGGUGAAAAAUCAGAAGAGGCUGUCAGCUUCUCGAAGAUUAGGGUUGUACUGCUCCAAUUGCCAAACGACUAACACUUCACUUUGGAGGCGAAACAAUCAAGGAGAACCUGUAUGCAACGCUUGUGGUUUAUAUUACAAAUUACACAGAGUGAAUCGACCUUUGGCUAUGAAGAAGGACAACAUCCAAAGGCGGAAGAGGAAGCCGAAAGCCUCGGAAGUACGAAAUGAGCAGGAACAGCAAAGUAACAAGCAACCUUGGCCCAUCAUCAAGCAAGAAGUUUCGGAUGAUGCAGCUUACUCCAAGCCUAAUGAUUCCAACUCGCUGAGCCAUAAUUAUUACAUUUAUCAAAGCAGUGCAUUGUCGACUCCUCGCAGCUUGCCUAUGUUCACCAGUGCGAAGGAUUUGCCCAAGACGUCAACUCUCCACCAGUCCGUCAGCCAGCCCUUACUUCAGAAUAGCCUGCCUUUCUUGUUGUCCCACACCCAGACGGGGGACAGCCCAGAGCCAGGACAUUCUUCGCCAAGACCAGAUUCAAAUCCAGGGUAUCCUGUUUCCCCUCACAGAGUGUCGUUACACUCUCAAGCUUUGGACUCGACUAGUGAUUUUGAGCACGAGAAUAUGCUUCCUUGACAAUGAUUAUUCCCGUUUGUUUUUCAGACGAGUGCACAAGAUGAAAAAAAGUGAAAUAUUUACAUCUGUACCUAACCGAAAGUCGAGUUUGGAAAGAAGGUUUCUGAUGUUAGUGGAUGAACAAGAUUUUUAUUCAAAUUAUUGUAGAAAGUAUUAACAAAUAUAAUUUAUAUCAAAAAAGGAGAUUUUAUUCACACAAUCUUACAAAAUUCAAAUUUUAGAAAGCAUUACCGGUACAUAAGCAAUUCGUAAAAUUAUUUGCAUAAAUUAAAAAUAUUCUAAUUUGAUGAAUUUUUUGUAUGAUUAUUGCAUUAGUAUAUAUAAUGUGUUCUUUUUUCCUAUGAAAAAAGAAAUUUUAUGUUUUUGUGUGUGUGUUUAAAAGUAAUAAAAAUGAGAUGAGAAUAUUAA